AAUGAACUAUAACGGUGUCAGCAGUGAUGGAGAGCCAGACCUGGCAGAGAUGUUUGAUGUGCCUGAAGAUGAAUUAUUGUAUGCGGCACGUCACGGAAAGGAGGAGACAGUCAUGCGCAGGGAAAAGUCUAAUCGGGGAUGGACACCAUUACACCUGGCAGCUUACUUUGGCCAUGCAGCCGCUGUUCGGGUAUUACUUGAAUUUGGUGCAGGAGCAGACAUUCUCAACUCUUGUGGAGAGAGUAGUCUCCACUUGGCUGCUUACACAGGAAGGGAGGAAGUGGUUGCCCUGCUUUUGCAGCACGGAGCAGACACAAACAUUCUCAACACGCAAGGCCAGAAACCUCGAGAUGUAGCUAAAACACAACACAUCGUUGAUAUGAUAAAUGCCGCAGACAGCACAGCCUCUAUGAGGAUUGAGUCAGAUUUUUUGGAAGCUGCGGCGGCAGGGGAGUCAGAAAUGUUAUCUCAGUUGUUAAACCAUUCUAGAAGCUUGAACAUCAAUGUACAAGAUACACAUGGGAACUCAGCAUUACACCUGGCAGCAUUACGGGGGCACGGUCCUGCCGCUGUUCUACUUUUGCAGCAUGGCAUUGAUUCAAAUGCCAGGAACAAAUCAGGCCAGCUGGCAUACGAUGUGGCUCACAGUUCAAGCAUGAAGCAGGUACUGGGACUCCAGUCCAUCAGGGAGAUCUGUUUGCAGCCCCAGAGGUUCGAAGGAACUUUACUCAAGAAGUCCCGGUUUGUCGGCUACAAGCAGUUGUGGGUGGUGCUGGACCGGGGUGUGCUUUCCUAUUUCCAGAACAGAGGUGACGCUUCUACGGGUGCCAAACGGAAAGGAAUGAAGUACCUGGAUGAAGCCAAAGUUUUUACAAACAAACUGGAUCCAGGUGAAAUAAAAAUCAGCUUCUCUGAUGGCUCAUCACACACUUUGCACCUGGAAUCUUCAAGUGGGUCACAGGUAACUCUACAGAAAUGGCUGAAUGCCUUGCGAGAACACAUUUCGUUCAGUACUCACUACACACAUCGAGGGAAAGACAUUGUUGACGACCCAGCAGACGAUAUUGUCUCCCUUGGAACUAUGCAAGACUCUCUCCAGAAUGCCCAAGCACACCGUGGGCAUUUAGAGAAACAAGUCAAUAUACUGAAACAGUGCAUAGAGCAGAUUUCUAAACUUCUCAGUGGGGAGAGUGGAUCAAAGGGCGGGCAAGUGAUAACGCCAGGUAAGUUCAGUGUUGAUUGUCGCAUGUCAACUGACCUGCGAAUAGUGACCACCCAGUGUAUGGAUAUUCUCAAGUCUUCCCAGAAUAUGUAUCAAGCUUUAAGUCACUGCAUGGCGUUACUAAGUCAACAAGAGGAGCUUCGCCAGAACCAGCUGAGAGAAGAGAGGGAGCGAUGCCGCAUGCUGCAGGACUCACUUCAUGCUCUAGCCACUGAACACCAUGAACUAGAAAAAUCCAUAUCCAGGCGUCCGUCAUUUAUUUCCUCCAUGGAUGAAGAGUUCUUUGAUUGUGAUGAUGAUGAUUAUGUGGACUUAAUCUGCCAUGAAAUAUGCACAAAGAGGUCAGAUGUUGCAAUACGACAGACAAGCCUUCCAGUGCCCAUGUUCUCACGGUCCGACUUCAGCUUCUGGAGUAUUCUCAAACAGUGUAUAGGGAAGGAGCUGUCGAAGAUAACCAUGCCUGUAGUGUUUAAUGAACCGUUGAGUUUCAUCCAGCGGUUGGCCGAGUACAUGGAGUAUGCACCCUUGGUGGAGAAGGCUGCCAGAUGUGAAAACCCCAUAGAGAGGAUGGAGUUUGUUGCUGCAUUUGCUGUUUCUGCUCUCUCCUCCAACUGGGGGCGAAUUGGGAAACCAUUCAAUCCACUCCUGGGGGAGACCUAUGAACUUGACAGGCCAGACUUGGGUUUCCGGUUUAUCGGGGAACAAGUGAGUCACCACCCACCAGUCACAGCUUUUUGUGCCGAGGGCAAGUCGUACACAUUUCAUGGUUCCAUACAGCCAAAGUUGAAGUUCUGGGGCAAGUCCGUCGAGAUCAGUCCCAAGGGAGUCAUAACAUUAACAUUACACGAGUUCGAUGAGACGUACACGUGGCAGAAUGUGAAUUGUGUGAUACAUAAUGUGAUAGUUGGAUCUUUAUGGGUGGAGCACUAUGGAGUGAUGGAAAUUACGUGCAACAAGAGCAACAUUAAUGCAGUGAUCAACUUUAAACAGAGCGGCUGGUUCGCCAAAGAUUUGCAUCAUGUAGAGGGCUUUAUAUACAGGGGCAAAGUCAAAGAACGUGCCUUGUACGGGACCUGGGUGCUAGGGCUGUACUCUUGUUCACCGGAAGCCUACGAGAAAUACAUGAGUGACAUCAAUGCUAAGGCCAAACAUUCCACAAAGGUGAUGACCUGUUUUCAAACCUUGACACCCCAGGAGAAGAAGGAAGAAGAGAAGCCACAAGUUCUGAACUUCAACUACGAAAUCCCAGGUCAGAAAACUUUGUGGAAGGUCAACCCUCGACCUCCUCAUUCAGAUCAGUACUACCACUUCUCCCUCUUCGCCAUGUCUCUCAACGAGUUGACUCCAGAGAUGGCAUCGAAACUUCCUCCGACAGAUUCCCGCUUCCGUCCAGACAUCCGCAGCAUGGAGGAAGGGAAAAUAGAUCAUUCAGCAGAGGAGAAGAACCGAGUGGAAGAAAAACAGCGAGAGGCCAGAAAUGACAGAAAGAAGUCGAAGAAAGAAUGGCAGCCACAAUGGUUCCAAUACCAGAAGGACCCAGCUACAGGCAAAGAAGACUGGGUUUUUGACUCCAAUUAUUGGAAACGAAACUGGACACAGUGUGCCGAUAUAUACUGA